GAGGAAACGCGCGUGUGUUAUAAGGUUUGUACUGUGGGAUGAUAGAGGCAGUUGAAUAUAAUGUGAACAGAUAGCACAUCUGAAAUAAUCUUUUUGUUUGCGGUGCGAUUUGCUAAAUAGUUUAACAAGCUCAGACGAGAACACUGCCUAGGACCAAGUGCCAAAUGCCCAGAUUAGAGGAUCAUUGCUGGAGCUGCUCCUGUUCAACCAGUGUGAAGUCUGAGGAUCUACCGAGCGCAAGCUGUGUUGUUUGUAAAACGGGUGAAAUGAUGUCCAUCAUAACCUCAGUGCUGAGCCAUGCAUACGGCUCUAUGCACAGCCUACAUUCUGCUAAUUUAAUUCGACGGGGACUUGUAUUGUUUAUCGUUGGAGUUGUUCUCGCAUUGGUGUUAAACUUACUUCAGAUCCAGAGAAAUGUGACAUUGUUCCCAGAGGAAGUGCUGGACACUUUGUUUUCGUCCGCAUGGUGGAUUCCCCUCUGUUGUGGGACUGCUGCUGCUGUUGUUGGUCUGUUGUAUCCCUGCUUGGACAGCCAUCUUGGAGAGCCACACAAGUUUAAGCGGGAAUGGGCAAGCGUGAUGCGCUGUAUUGCAGUUUUUGUAGGCAUCAAUCAUGCCAGUGCUAAAUUGGACUUUGCCAAUAAUGUGCAACUCUCACUUACUUUGGCUGCCCUGUCCCUGGGCCUAUGGUGGACAUUUGACCGUUCUAGGAGUGGCUUUGGCUUAGGACUGACCACUGCUCUGUUAGCGACUCUCAUUGCUCAGCUGCUUGUCUACAAUGGCAUCUACCAGUAUACGUCUCCAGACUUCUUAUAUGUACGUUCCUGGUUGCCUUGUAUAUUCUUCUCCGGUGGAGUGACAGUAGGAAAUAUUGGGCGACAGUUAGCUAUGGGCUCUGCUGAGAAACCUCACAAUGACUAAGCGGGCAUCUGAGGUCAUGAAUUGAGCUUCGAUGAGUGCCAAAACGGAGGGCGUGCAAACCGAGAUACUGGGUGUCCCUGGAGACAAAGAUGUUUUAGUUCAAGCAUAACUUGUGCCCUUAAUUUUGCUCCUCUUUAUAAGAAAAAAAGAAAACAAAGAAUGGGUUGGUCGGCGCUGGCCCAGCGUGCCAUGAAGAGCACUUUUAAGCAGCCAAAAAAAAAAAACUAGCAUCCAUUACCAGCAGCAUCAUCAUUGCUCAACAAAGGCAGUUGUGUUACUGGUACUAUUAGUCGUCUUUUUACCAGGUUGCUGGAGUGACACUGAAGUACUGGAUGAAAUCCUAACUAGUUUGACUGCUGAAACUGAAAGAGUGCAAGUAGUGGUGAAGCUGUGUGUAUACAAAAGAGUGUACGUGUACUGGUCCGCUGGACCAGGAAAGGUGGUGCAGAAAUGCACACUUCAUUGUAUUUAAUUUUGCUGGAGAACUGAAAAAAAGGGAAAAAUUUAGAACGUGCAAAAUACCUAAAAUAUCCAAAGAGGUCUGUGUAGGAUUAAUUUUAUUUUUGAGAACAGAUUAGCAGCAUUGCUAGGCUCCAAUACAGACUGACUACACAAAGUGUUUCCACGAGUACAAGAUUUGAUUGCCAAUUACAUUUUGUGCCGACUGGUUAUUGUAGUUCUUUGACUGAAGUUGUAUUGUUUUCUUUGUGGCUAAUGCAGACCAAAAGUAAUAUAAUGAAGUAACACCUUGAAAUCGAAAUCAAACAUAAGUUUAAAAAUGUCAAAGGUGGCUCUUUUUUAUGAUUGUAAACUUAGGAUGACUUAACAUCCAAGAAAAAUGAUGUGUUUCCUGCGGCCUCCAAGGUUUGCAAUCUGUGAUUGCCUUUGUAUUCCAGAAUUGAGUGCUUUUGUCACUUCCCCAGUACAGUAAUGCCUCUUUAUUAAUAACUUCAUUGUGUAGUGCUUAUCACAUGUAGCCAGUCCUGUAUCUAAUCUGAAGAGGUAUUACUGAGCUAAAGUGUAGGUUUGGGGUCUUGGCAAGCUAAGUGCAAUCAGUUACAAUGAGACUGGUAUUCUUUCAUAUUUAUUACUUUUUAAUGUUCAGGUGUCCCAGAUGAGUCAGAUGCAGUACAGAAACAAACCAGCAAUAAACACAUUGUUUAUAUGUAUGUAAAGUGUGACCGCAAACUCACUUUUAAAUGUCACACAAAAGGAUGCUCUUAAACUGAAACCAAUGACCAUGUUUUUUAAAAAAGUAUGUACUUACUAGGUUUAGUAAGUUUGGGAAAAGAACAUGAGGAAAAUGUUUCAAACCAUGAUAAAACUGGUCACAGGCUCUUUGAGAACCUCGGUCAAGGAAGGAGAGCUAUAAAACUGAAUGAAAGCUUUAUUUAGAAGAGAAAAGAAAUGCAAUGUUUCUAGUUGAGUUUGCAUGUGUGUCAUACCAUUUCAAUUGUAUAAUUUUACUAUCCUGGGUUCAGUUAUGAAUGAAAAUAAAAUUGUGUGCUGAAAA